AUAUUUUAAUUCUAAAGACGUUCCUAGUUAGAACAUAUUAUUAACCAACUUAUAGCAAACUUAUAGUUUAGAAAUGGAUUCGUGUUGCCCAAAAAAAUGCUCACCGUCGCCAUGUCAGAUGAACUGCAGCAUUCAACGAGUGUCUCCACCUAUGGAACUCGGAGAAGGCCCGCAUUGGAAUCCAUUGACUCAGAGCUUAUAUUUUGUAGACGUACACAGGAGAAAAAUUAACAAAUAUCAUCCAGAAACCAGCUGUUAUACUUCUGCUACUAUAGAUUGCUGCGAUCCAUUGACUUUCGUCAUCCCAGUCCACAACCAACCUGACACUUUCUUGGUUGGCCUGGGGCUCGCCAUUGCCGUAAUUAGAUGGGAUGGAUGUUCGAAUAGAGCCGAGUACAGGUACUUGAAAACGAUUGACAAGACUCCAGGCAACCGUCUAAACGAUGCAAAAGCUGACGCCUCUGGCCGUCUUUGGGUUGGAUCUAUGGGACCAGAGAUGAAAGACAACCCAGGUCAUUACUAUAAGUGUAGGGGUUCACUGUUCUCGGUGGAAUUCGACGGCACCGUCAAUAAAAAGUUGUCAAACAUUGGUAUCUCCAAUGGUAUGGCGUGGAGUCUGGACAACAAACUAUUCUACUACAUAGACACUUACAAAUACGCGGUCGAGGCUUAUGAUUUUGAUCUUAUCACGGGAAAUAUCUGUAACGGAAGAGUAAUUUUUGAUUUUAAGUGUAAAAAUAUAGCUGGUGAACCGGAUGGUAUGACUAUUGACACAAACGGAAACCUGUGGGUAGCUGUUUUCAACAGUGAUAAAGUUUUAAAAAUUAAUCCCAACACAGGCACACUGAUGACAACCAUCGAAUUUCCUGCCUAUCAGAUCACAUCUGUUGCUUUUGGGGGCCCAAAUUUGGAUCAGCUGUAUGUAACUACAGCAAGUUACAAUACAACUGAUGUGCAAAAAUCAAAACUGCCGUAUUCCGGAACUCUGUUUCGAGUAAUGGACACAUGCUCUACUGGUUAUAACGGCGUACCUGUCAAAAUUAAUUUGUGUUCGUUAAAUUAACUAUGCACAAUAAAAUAACAAAACAAAUAUCAAUA